AUGUCACAAUAUAUUAUAUUCCUAAUUACUGUCUUUUUAGGUGAAGAAAAUGUGUUGUACCUAGUUCUAGUAACUGGCUGUGUUUCAGUAGGUAAAAUAAGUGACUCUGAGAUAUUUUGCAUCACAGCAACGCAGUUUGUCUCGUUACAAAACCGACCAAAUGAUGAGGAAAGGAUCAUUGGUGUUCGAAACCUGUUUAAUUCUCGAACUUUUUAUUUCUCGUGGUCGUCAACGGGAAAUCAGUGGGAUCUCACAUUGUGUGCUCAGAGAAAACUGCAAGAGCAUGAGACGGAUAACAGAUUCUUUUGGAACAGAUCGCUGCAUGUACACUUCCAAAGGUUUGGCAUUGAUUGCUCAACAUGGCUCUUCAAGGCUAUAUGUGGAGGGGUGGAGAUUCGAACAGUUUAUGCUGCUCAUCGGCAGGCCAAGGCCUGUCUUAUAUCACGUCUAAGUUGUGAGAGGGCUGGUACCCGCUUCAACGUUAGAGGAACCAAUGAUGAUGGGCAUGUAGCUAAUUUCUGUGAAACUGAGCAAGUUAUAUUUCUAGAGAAUCAGAUAGCAUCAUUUCUUCAAACCAGAGGAUCUGUACCUUUGUUCUGGGAACAGCCUGGUAUCCAAGUGGGUUCUCAUAAGGUAAAGAUGUCCCGAGGGUACGAAACAAGCGCUCCAGCAUUUGAACGGCACCUAGCUGCUAUAAAACAACAGUAUGGAGAACAAGUGAUCGUGAACCUACUUGGUAGUAAAGAAGGCGAACAUAUGCUCAGUCAGGCGUUUCUGGCUCACCAUAAAGCAUCAAGAUUUGCUCUAGACAUUCCCCUGAUUAUGUUUGACUACCAUACAGAGUGCCGUGGUGGAAACUUGAAAAAUCUUGAGAAACUGAGACAGCAACUAGCCAAAUACAUUGACAAGUUUGAGUACUUCUACAGUGACAAUGGUGAAGUAAAGAGGUAUCAAACCGGUACAGUGCGGACAAAUUGUCUAGAUUGUUUGGACAGAACUAACGCAACACAAUGCAUGAUAGGUCUACAGAUAUUACUGAAACAAUUAGAGAGUCUGGAUAUUUCCAACAAACCACAGAUGGUGUCCCGAUUCACUGAGAUAUAUAAACAGAUCUGGGUGCUCAAUGGUGACCACAUUAGUAUGAUCUAUGCAGGAACAGGGGCCCUAGGUGGUGGAAGGUCAAAGACAUCAGAUGCCGCAAGAUCAGCCUCACGUACAAUACAGAACAACUUCCUUGACAACACUAAACAGGAAGCCAUUGAUAUUCUGUUGCUAGGCAGCACAUUGAGAGGCGAGCUGGCAGACAAGGCUCGGGCAUUACUUACAACCAAGAGAAUGAAUGCAUCUCCAAUGAUUUUAAACAAUGUUGUAAACAGGUACAAGGAAUAUGUGGAAACAUCGACAGUUCGUGUUUGCAUAGGGACGUGGAACGUAAAUGGUGGCAAGCAUUUUAGGAGUAUAGCAUUUAAACAUCAAUCUAUGAAUGAUUGGCUGUUAGAUGCUCCCAGAAUCCUAUCAGAAUCUGGUUCUGAUUUGUUGGACCCCUCUGCUGAUUAUGAUGUACCAGUAGAUAUAUUUGCUAUAGGAUUUGAAGAAAUGGUAGAUUUGAAUGCCAGCAAUAUAAUGAGUGCUAGUCAAACUAAUUCUAGAGAGUGGGAAAAAUAUAUUCAAAAGACUAUAUCCCGAGACCACAAAUAUGUUCUUUUAACCAAAGUACAACUGGUUGGAGUACUACUUUAUGUGUUCAUACGCCCACAUCUAGCACCAUUUAUAAGAGACGUUGCUAUAGAUACUGUGAAAACUGGUCUUGGUGGUGCUGCGGGGAACAAAGGUGGCGUAGGAAUACGUUUUCUCUUACAUUCUACAUCUAUGUGUUUUGUUUGUGCUCAUCUUGCCGCGGGUCAGUCACAGGUCAAUGAUCGUAACAGUGAUUACGCUGAAAUAACACGAAAAAUGGCUUUUCCGAUGCCUGGCCCAAAAAUAUCUCAAGAGGAUAAAGGGCGUGUCUUACAGUCACAUGACUAUGUAUUUUGGUGCGGAGAUUUCAACUAUAGGAUUGACCUGCCUAAUGACGAGGUUAAGGAGCUGAUCAAGAAUGAGAAUUGGGGAGCUCUUCAAGCCAUGGAUCAACUGAAUAUACAGAGACAGGAAAAUAAUACGUUCCAAGGUUUUAAAGAAGCUCUCACAAAUUUUGCUCCCACUUACAAGUAUGACCAGUUUUGUGACGACUACGAUACCAGUGAUAAAAGUCGAACACCAGCUUGGACAGACAGGGUUCUGUGGAAACAUAAUCCAUUCAUAAAACACCAAAAUCCAGAUGAAGAGGCUAUGGAUGAAGACCUGGAAGCUUGGCCAAAAUUAUUGCUAUACACAAGAUCAGAGCUAAAAACAUCUGAUCAUAGGCCAGUUAUGGGACUGUUUGAUGUACAGGUGAUGUCUGUUAAGGAGAGAGAAAGAGACCAGGUGUUUGAGGAGGUUUUAUCUGUACAGGGACCACAAGAUGCUACAGUUAUUAUAUCCUCUGAAAAUGGUGAAUUUGAUGAUGACCUGGUGGAUGAAAUAGUGGGGACUUUCUCAGAAUUUGGAGAAAUAAUCUUAGUGAGAUUUGUUGAUGAGGACAUGUGGUUAAUAUUUAAGAAUGGUCAAAUGGUUUUAGAAGCUGUACAACAGGAUAAAUUAGAGAUAGCUGGAAAGAAAAUCAGUGUACGUUUAAAGACAGCCAACUGGAAAGAAAUAAACCUGCUUGAACUUAGGGCAUCGUCCCUGCAGACAGAGCCUCUCUUUAACACCACAACUAAUAGUUUACUUGGCGAGGAUUUUGAAAUUGCCGACAUCGAUUGUUAUGAUAGUGAAGGUGAUGAUGAUGACGAUGAUGGUGAAGAAGACCAAGAACCAUUACCAGAACCCCUACACCCAUCCCGGUCCGCUAGCAGUUCUCCGCAUUCAGGAACACCAAGUCCUGCAGAAGCCAUGAUGUUAUCUGGCUCAAACACAAGUUUAGAGAAGGCCGGUGUUCCCCCACCACGUCCGCAACCAGCCAGUCGAUCAAGGCCACCACCACCUGCUGCCAGGCCAAGGGAGACCACUCCUCCACAACAACAAAAUAUUGCAGACACGCUUAUUGUCCCUGAACAAGUUUCAAAAGUAAGAGGAGCUGCACCAGAGCAAUCUGUAAAUAAGCCUGGGCCUCCACAGAGACCAGGCCCUCCAGCUAAGCCCCCACCCCCUCAGCGACCCCCAGGAGGGCCUCCAAGACCAUCAGCAGGAGCACCAGGAGCUCAAUCCAAACCACCAA